AUGGAGGGAAAAGGGUUUUGCAGUCUUUUUGAGAAUGCUAAGCCAUACAUAGCCAUGAUCUGCUUGCAAUUUGGUUAUGCUGGGAUGAACAUAAUUACAAAAGUGUCCCUCAACAGAGGCAUGAGCCACUAUGUGCUUGUGGUUUACAGGCAUGCAUUUGCCACUGCUGUUAUUGCCCCUUUUGCCCUCGUGCUCGAAAGAAAAGUGAGGCCAAAGAUUACGUUCACGAUCUUCAUGCAGCUGUUCGUGUUGGGACUUCUCGGGCCGGUGAUCGAUCAGAAUUUCUACUACGCGGGGCUUAAAUUCACUUCCCCAACCUUUUCGUGUGCAAUGAGCAAUAUGCUCCCGGCUAUGACGUUCGUUAUGGCUGUCCUUUGCAGGAUGGAGAAAUUGGAGAUUAAGAAGGUGAGGUGUCAGGCAAAAGUUGUCGGAACUAUAGUGACGGUGGCCGGAGCAAUGCUGAUGACACUGUACAAAGGUGACAUGAUCAACUUGUUCUGGUCCAAAUACUUACAUCAUCCUCUGAGGUCAAAUGUCCCGAGCUCGACCGGUCAACAUACCGACAAGGACUGGUUCAAAGGCUCUAUUCUCCUCAUCAUUGCAACUUUUGCAUGGGCUUCUUUCUUCAUUCUUCAGGCUAUAACAAUGAGGAAAUACACAGCCCAGCUAUCACUCACAGCACUAGUGUGUUUUAUGGGCACAUUGCAAUCUAUUGCUGUUACAUUUGUGAUGGAGCAUAAGCCACAUGUUUGGGCCAUUGGGUUUGACAUGAAUCUCUUAGCUGCUGCUUAUGCUAAAAGAGGGCCUGUGUUUGUGACUGCUUUCAGCCCAUUAAUGAUGAUCAUUGUAGCCAUAAUGGGCUCCUUCAUUUUGGCUGAAAAAAUAUAUGUUGGAGGGGUUCUUGGAGCAGUUUUAAUUGUUAUUGGGCUUUACUCUGUGCUGUGGGGAAAAUACAAAGAGUACAAGGAGAAAGAAGAGGAAAUUCUUGAACCAGUCAAAGGUGACAAUCACAUGAAUUUGGGCACUAUUAUUGAAGAUAUUGAGGCAAAUACUUUUGUUCAGCUAAAUAAAAUGGAAGAAAAAGAAGAAAAUAGAUUGUAUGUGUCCCCAGUGGCUAUAAGUGGCCCAAUGCCACAGCCCACCAUGCUAGCCUUACAGGCCCCAAAAAAUAUAAGUAAUUAG